AUGGCCCCUACAGAGAAGAGAAUUCAGGUGCUUUCUCUUGGCCUUCUCAGGACUGGCACUGCCUCCAUGACCGAAGCGUACCGGAUUCUUGGGUACGAAAAGGUUCUGCACGGCAUCGACACUAUUGAUGAUGUCGAUUACUGGACAAAAAUAGAGCAAGCAUCCGAGGCAACAUUUACAACACUCCCUACGUACCGCGGAGGUUCUUUCGAUUGGGAUACGCUGUUUGGGCACUAUGACGUUGUCACAGACGUCGCCUCCUUUUUUUCCGCCGAGUUGAUCGCAGCGUACCCGGACGCCAAAGUUGUCCUGACAGAACGAGACUUUGAGAAAUGGAGGCCCUCAGUAAACAACACUCUGUUUGUCACAUUUGAUACCUGGUUCAGUGUAUUUCUUCGGAGGAUUGCUGAGCCCUUGGUCGGCAUCAACCGCAUGCAGUCGUCGUGGAAGAUGAUCCGGGGCUUUUUCCAAGGCGAUACUAUGGACGACUGUCGCCGCAAUAUGAAGAGGCGAUAUGAUGAACACAACGCAUUGGUUCGAUCGCUGGUGCCGCCUGAGAGGCUCCUUGUGUACAGAGUUGGCGAGGGAUGGGAGCCCCUGUGCAAGUUCCUGGGCAAGGAGGUCCCCGACGUGCCGUUCCCGUGGAACAACGAGGCUGCGAUGCUGAAUGAGUUUAUUCGGGUCAAGACUAAGGAGACUACGGAUAAAGUAGCGCGGGUAGCUAUUCCUGUGGCUAUUGGCGCAGCUGCGAUCGGUGCUGCGAAGUUGUUGGGGUGGUUUUGA